CUUCUCCGAGUGUCCUGUCCCGGCCAGUGCUGUUGGGAUCCGGGAACAGAUGCGCUUUCCGCCGCUAUGGGACAGGCGGCUCUCCUUCUGCUGUGCUGUAUUGUAACCACUGCCCGUCCUCAGGAUGCGCCGGCGGAGGGAGUCGCUUCUCGCCCCGAAGAGUUCGCCCCGCUGUCCGGACAGUGGGAACCGGAGCCCGGGGAGGAGGAGGAGGAAGAGGGAGCCGGUCGCUGCCGCUUGUACCCUACAGCACCGGAGCUCCCGGACGAUGCGGAGACCUCUCUGUUGCCAUCGACCACUCGGGAACUGCUGCUACACAUACCGGAGGGGUUGACUGAGGGAGCGGCCGUGGCCGUGGUGGAAGCACAGGGGGUGGGCGUGGAGUGCCGGCUGGAGGCAGGACCGGACGGCGGCAGCUUCGGGCUGCAGCGGGCACCGGGAGGCAGAUUAAUUUUGGUGACCCGUUCCGCUCUGGACCGGGAACAGCGGGCCGAGUACAACCUGACGCUGAUUACCGAAAGCGGCACCUGGAGCGGGCGCCCCGCCAGCCUCACCAUUCGACUGACGGACGAGAACGACAACCCGCCGGUUUUCGAUCAGAGCGCUUACCGGGCGCUGGUGAUAGAGAACGAUCCCUCCAACCGCACCAUCCUGACGGUGGCGGCGUCGGACCGGGACUUGGGCGCCAACGGGCGAGUCACAUACUCCAUCGUGAGCCCGGCGGUGCCGUGGCCGCUUGCCGUGCACCCGACCAGCGGCGCCAUCUACUCGGUGGCGCCGCUCGACCACGAGCGCGCGCAGCGCCUGGACCUGGUGGUGGAGGCGCGCGACGGCGGCCACCCGCCCGCGCGCUCCACUGUGCCCGUGCGCCUGGAUGUGGGCGACCUGAACGACAACAGCCCGAUGUUCACGGCGCCGGUGGAGCGUCGGCUGACGGUGGCGGGAGUAGGUGGCGGGUGCGCUGACGGGGCGCCGCCGGGAGGACGGGGACUGCUGCUGCCGGUCACGGUGCUGAAAGCGGAGGACGCCGAUUCCGGUCACAACGGGGAGCUGGUGUACGAGUUGGCGGCGGAAGAAGGCGACGGGAGCGGCGUCUUCCAGUUGGACAGCGGCGGGGAGCUGCGAGCCAACGUGUGCGGUGUCAGCCACCUGCUGGAACGGGAGUGGCGGGCGACCGUGCGGGUCCGUGACCGGGGCACCCCCAGUCGUUCGGCCAGCACUGUCCUGACUAUCUCAUUCGUGGCGGCGGCGACCAGCACGAGUCUUGGCCGGCCGGUGUUGACCGGCAUCGCCCUGGGCGCCGUUUGCGGGACAAUCCUGCCGGUGCUGCUGGUGUGGUGGGCGGUUUGCGGUAGGCGGCGGCGGCGGAGGGACGGCGGCGCCUACAAUUGCCGGAGGGCGGAGACCGACUAUCGGCAGCAGCCCCGCCGCCCCGAGCGGCGGAUACAGAAGACCGACAUCACUCUGCUUCAGCGUUCCCGCACCGAGCCGCCAGAGCGCCAGCCAGACGUCCCCCGCGGGGAACCGGAUCCCCGGCACCGACAGCUGCUGCGGGAGCUCGUCCGAUUGUCCAGGGUCAGUUGUCCCGAUGGCUACCUGGACCUGGCCGCCGGCUCUCCGCACAUUCAGCAAAUCUCCCAGCUGCUCUCCCUUUUACAUCAGGGAAAGUUCCAGGCCAGACCAAACUUUCGCGGAAAUAAAUAUUUAAAAAACUACAGGGGUGCAAUGCCUGAAGCAGACAGAGGCAGCCUCAAGGACAGCGGGCAGGGGGAGAGCGAGGAAGGAGACAGCGACAGCGAUGGAGGAAGGACAUCACCCAUCGACCAGCUGCUGGAGGAUGGGCUGAGUGAGCUGCUGGCCGGCGGGAGCUGGACGUCACCGACAGUGCUGACAGUGGGAGAGAGCGGAGCAGAGAGGCUGAGCCUCGAGGACCUGUGCUGGACAUUGCCCUCGACGCUGCCCUCUUCUGACUACAAGGAGAAUGUGUUCAGCCCCGAGUCCAUGGAGGCAGGAGGUGCCGUGGACGGAGAGAAGGCCAUGUUCUCUACCUUUGGCAAAGGCGGGCCGGAGCAUGACUCUGGUGCGGGAUCAGGCUCCGACUCACUCCUGACCGAGAUGAGUGCCCUCUUCCAACAGCUGCUCUCGCAGAAAGCCGAGGUGUAUAGACAGCCUGGCCCUGACCUCCUUCGCAGACUGUCUGCCCGCUGGAGCGUUCUGUGUGAGGGGGAGAUGUCCUCGGGCCGAUGCAGGGGCAGCCGCCUCCCUGGACUGCCGGAAUCGCCAACACAGGGACCUGGAUCUGAGUAACAACUCCAGUGAUGGUCUCGGCAGUCAUUCAUGGCAGAGGAGAAGGGAGGAUCUGUGGAGCAGAUUGACUCUGUUUCUGGUAAUAUCUCCCCAUCAGUUUCUUCAGAUGCCGGAUGAGGACCCUCCACACAGUUGGCUGCUUUGAUUGUCAACGUGGUUUGCCACUGUCUCCCCAGGAGGUCAUCGGAGGUUCUCCUUCCAGCACCAGCCGAGGGCUAUUAUCCAGAACACCAUUCCUUUACCUCCCAGAACAGGACCAAUAUGGUUCCUCUGCUCAGUUCCAGGACCAACCAUCGUCUUGGGUAGACUCACAGGAUAAAUAUUUCACACUGGACUUCUCUGACUGAUGGAUAUUUCAAACUAUCUCAGUUAAAUAUAUUUUUCUAUACUAUUUAAUGAUUUAUUUCUGACCAGUGCCAAUAAUGUUAUAUUUUAUUUUCCAUCACUGUUUUAUUACUCAAGUUGCCUAAUGUAUAUUUUGCUGUUAACAAUAAAAUUUGUGAUGUUUUUUGUGGAAUUAAAGAGUGGACAGGUUUCUUGUGAAGCUGAGAAAGGCUGAUUGGUGUCUACUAAUAUCACAGUAUUCCUCACUAAUGACUUCUCCAGGUAAUACAUAGGAACAGAAUUAGGCCCAUCGAGUCUGCUCCACCAUGGCUGAUUUAUUAUCCCUCUCAACCCCAUUCUCUGUAACCUUUGAUGCACUGACUAAUCAGGACCCUAUCAAACUCUGCUUUAAACUUACCCAGUGAUUUGGCCUCUGCAGCUGUCAGUGGCAAUGAGUUCCAUAGAUUCACCUCCCUUGGAUGAAGAAAUUUUUCCUCAUCUCUUUUCUGGAUGGAUAUCCGCUGUGCCCUCCGGUCCUAGACUCCCCCACUAUAGGAAACAUCCUCUCCACAUCCACUCUAUCUGUGUCCUCUGGUCCUAGACUCCCCCACUAUUGGAAACAUUCUCUCCACAUCCACUCAAUCUAGGCCUUUCAAUAUUCGAUAGGUUUCUGUGAGAUUUCUCCCCCUCACCCCCACCCCCCAUUCUUUCAAACUUCAGGAAUACAGGCCCAAAGCCAUCAAGCACUCCUAAUACGUUAACCCUUUCAUUCCUGGAAAAAUUCUCGUGAACCUCCUCUGCACCCUUUCCAAUGCCAGCACACCUCUUAGAUAAUGGGUUCAAAACUGCUUGCAGUGCUCCACGUUAUGUCUCUCCAGUGCCUGAUAAAGUCUCAGCAUUAUACCUUUGUAACAGAAAGCUGAGCAGUGUAAGGAUGGGGCUAGGGAAGGUACUGACAUUUUAAAUGAGAUCUGUGAUUGGAAAGCUGGAAAUAUAAUUAGCUCACACACCCUCAUGGAGGAACUCAGCAAGCCAGGCAGCAUCUAUGAAGAGGAAUAAAUAGUUAAUGGUUCAGGCCGAGAUCCUUUAUGAGGAAACCUCUAGAGGGUGCAGGCUGAUGGACUAUGCAGAGUAACAAUUCGGCACUGGCUGACAGGCCUAUAGUGUUUGACACUCUGAUAAUUUCCAAGUUACAUAUGUUUAUUGAAAAAUGCUUACUGGCAACUUCAAUAAUACCUGAAUGAAUCUGUGCAGAGUAAUGCACAGAGAUCAGAGUGCACUUUCCCCCAACAACAGGACAGCGAGGCCACACGGUAAUGCACAGAGAUCAGAGUGCACUUUCCUCCAACAACAGGACAGCGAGGCCACACGGUAAUGCACAGAGAUCAGAGUGCACUUUCCUCCAACAACAGGACAGCGAGGCCACACUGUAAUGCACAGAGAUCAGAGUGCACUUUCCUCCAACAACAGGACAGCGAGGCCACACGGUAAUGCACAGAGAUUGGAGUGCACUUUCCUCCAACAACAGGACAGCGAGGCCACACUGUAAUGCACAGAGAUUGGAGUGCACUUUCCCCCAAGACAAUAGGACCAGAGACUCUGACUCACCGCACUGGUGGCUGAGAAUGAAAAAGAGUAGUAAGCCAUUGAAUAUCACACAAUGCAUCUCUAAACCAGAGGUUCCCAACCUUUUUUAUGCCAUCAACCAAUACCAUUAAGCAAGGGAUCUGUUGGGAACUCAUGCUCCAACUUGUGUUCCCAGGUUGGGAUCUUGUACUCCAAACUAACAUCAAAGAUCCCCACCAUCUGGACCAUGCCAUCUUUUCACCAAUUAACCUACUAACUUGCAAGUAUUUGGAAUGUGGGAGGAAACCCAGUCACGGAAAGGCACAGAAACUCCUCAGAGAGCAGUGAAGAUCGAAUCUGGGUCACUGGGGCUGUAAUAGUGAUAUAUUAACCAACAGGCUACUGUGCCACUCCACCAUCUUGUAGAAAUUGUGAGAAUUUCAGCACCUGUGAGCACACUUUCCAUGGUAUCUACAUGACAAGAAUCUUUCACAAGUCAUGUACCUGCACAUACAGCUGGGUGAUAAAAAUUAAAGCCCAUGUGGGUAUAUUGUAAACCCCUUUUGGCCUUUUUUUUUCUUUGCCCUCUCUGUGUCCUUAGCUAUACAAUACAAAAUUAUGAUGGGUACAGAUAGUGGAAAUUCGAGCAGGUUUUUUCCACUGAGGUUGGGAGGGACUAAAACUAGAAGUCAUAGGUUAAGGGUGAAAGGUGAAAUAUUUAAGGGGGAUCUUGGAGGGGGGGGGGGUGUCUUCACUCAGAGGAUGUGAAUGUGUGGAUUGAGCUGCCAGAGCAACUGGUGGAUGUGGGUUUGAUCUCAUCUUUUAAGAAAAGUUUGAAUAAGUACUUGGAUGGGAGGGGUAUGGAGGGCCAUGAUCGAGGUGUGGGUCAAAUCUCCCUCAUUCUCCUAUGAUCCAGGGAAUAGUCCCAAACUAUUGAAACUUUCCCUAUAAAUCAGGUCCUCAAAUCCUGGCAACAUCUCUAUAAACUUGAACUUAGCCUAUUUGUACAAGUGUGGCCACCCACCAUUAACAUUACAUGGUCCAAACAGCUUAAAGCCCUAUUACAUCAUUUUGACAUCCUAGACAUAGGACAGCUCAGCUCAGCACAGGCCCUUUGGCCCACAAUGUUGUGCAAACCUUUUAACUCAUUCCAAUAUCAAUCUAACCCUUCCUUUCCGCAUAACCCUCCAUUUUCCCAUUAUCCAUGGGUCUAUCUGAGAUUCUUUUAAAUGUCCCUACUGUAUCUGGAUCUACCACCACCCUUGGCAGCGUGUUCCACGCACUCCCCAUACUCUGUAAAAAAAAACUUACUCUGUCAUCCCCUAAGCUUUCCUCCAAACACCUUAAAAUUAUGCCCUUGUAUUAGAUAUCUCAAGCAUGAUGACUGAAACAUGGAGGGCUAUGGGCAGUGGAAGAGGAAAGGGCUAGAUUGGUCUUAAGAGUAGAUUAAGAAGUCGGUACAGCAUUAUGGGCCAAAGGGCCUCUACUGUUUUAUGUUCUAUUUGCAAUGGUUGAACCAAGACUCUGGGGUGGGGAAGUGGUGGAAUUAAAAAGUAAGCAAAAGGAUAUUCCAGGAUAUCCCAGGACAUCAGGAUAUCCCAGCUGUAUGCUGAUUUCUGGGAAUGAACAACUAUUGAUGCGAGGUAGAAAUAUGAACAGAAGUCUUGUGUUUUAGAUAACCAGGGACGGGAGUUACCAUGGUGAAGGGGUUAGAGGUUGUGAAGGGAAACUAGUGAACAAUCUACCCCAUCCAUCUUUCUUGAUGUCCUC